CCCGGCUCCUCCCUCCUCGCUCACAGGUCACGCUGUCACCAGUCGCCGGCUCCCGAGCCCCGACAGAAAAGUCUGUUAAAAUGAAGAUCUGGGCGUCAGAGCACAUUUUCAACCACCCAUGGGAGACGGUGACUCAGGCGGCGAUGCAGAAGUACCCCAACCCCAUGAACCCCAGUGUGUUUGGUGUGGAUGUCCUGGACAGAAGUGUGGACACAGCGGGACGGUUACACAGCACCAGACUGCUCAGCACAGAGUGGGGACUUCCUGCCAUGGCCAAGUCUAUCAUUGGGGCAACGAGAACAUGCACGUAUGUUCAGGAACAUUCAGUUGUGGACCCCAAAGAGAAGACCUUCGAGCUGCAAUCUACAAAUAUCUCCUUCACUAACCUGGUAUCUGUGGAUGAGAAGUUGACGUACAAGCCACAUCCGCAGGAUCCUGAAAAAACGGUGCUGACACAGGAGGCUCUGAUAAGUGUGAAAGGCAUCAGUCUGAGCAGCUACCUCGAGGGUCUCAUGGCCAAAACCAUCUCUGUCAACGCUGGCAAGGGUCGGGAGGCGAUGGAGUGGGUCAUCAGACGACUAAACACUGAAAUCGAGGAGUUGGCGGCAACUGCUCGUGGUACGAUACGUGCUCCCAUGGCAGCAGCCGUUGCAAACAAAUGAGUGGGCCUGCCCCACCGCUUCCUCCUCCAUCAUGAACCGAUGGUCUUCUCAAACCUCUGCCCCUUAAAGGGGUCCUCAUCCGCCAGCACAGCCUAGUAACAGCCCCGUCCUUUGGUAUGUUUGUCUUUGUACGUCACAAGAAGUCGCUGUUCGUCCUUCCCCAGCAGGCUGCGCAGACGAGUUCGAUGCUCGUCUCUGUGUGUGGUGACGGAGAGUAUUGAGCUGAUGACAGUUAAAAAACAGAACAAACAAACACAGGGUUCAAUUGAACUGCACUUGAAGCUCGUAGGACUUAGUCUUGUGAAGUUAAAGCUCUUUUAAAAAAAAUUCACGCCGUGCCUCCGCAUCAUUCAUUUAACUUAUUCAUAACUUUUCUAAUCUUUCUCCCCCUCAUCUUCGUAUGUCUUUUCUUUUUAUUCUUCCCAAGUCUUUAUGAACAAGCUGAUCACUGCUAGCAGUCGAAAUGAAGUCACUUUCACCAUCCUUUUCUGGCUUUGUACAGCACAACUGGCCAAAAUGUGUCACUACUAAAACCUCACCAGUUCCGACAGGCUACCAUCUUAGACUGUUAGUCCCUUGGAACCAUUUUUAGAAAUUCCAGGAUUUGGGUAUUUCUGUCACGAUUAAGGCUCCGAACAAGCCCCCAGAAACAUCUGUCAACAUGUGUGAAGAGUGUGUUUCUACUAUCAAGACAGACACAGCUCAGUGCCAGAUCUAAGCACAGGUUAAGUGGCCAGACAGGAACACCAGUUUGCGGUUAUUGCAUGGUGCUGGGAAAAAAAUGGUGCCUUUCUUGUCUGGGUCUGGUACAAGCAGCACAAGUUUGCGUCAAGGUGGAAGUUUUAGUUUGAAAACUCUGAUGCUGUGUUUUUGCCUGCGCAGGUUUGCUAACAGCUGUUGUUUAGUCAAAUUCUGCUCUUCACAAUGAAACAGCUCCUUACAUGCGUACAAGAGCUGUUACUCCAGCAACCUGCGUCAAUUGCAGUGUGCAUCGGUACACACGCCUUCCCGUUAACAUCGACACAUGCAUACCCAGUGUACGUGAGUGGUCAUAUGAUGUGGGUUUUUCAGGUGUGUCGUUUUGGACGUUAUCAAAACUGAUAAGGAACCAAAACGCUUGUCUUUUAUUUUGGAAACAUCAUAAUAGUAUUGAUGUAACCAGUGUACUUAAGGUCCACAGCUCGGCAGCAGGGUGCGGUGCUGAUAAAGGUUGUGCACAGCAAACAAAGACGGCUUGUAGGCUUGUUAUUUGUUGAAGGAGUCAAAGCAUUUUAACAGAAAGAUGCUGGUCUGGUGCUGGUGCUGGUCUGUCUGUGGUCCUGUUGGGCUGAUUUAGUUGUCUCGUCUCUUGAGGUCAACAAUGACUUGAUUUCUCUCUCGUGUUUGUCAGACACUGAUUGACAGUAGUGUUACAGUAAAUGAACAAGCUUGGAUGUUUAACUUAUUUUCAGCAUGUGUACUUAAACGUGGGGGGGGGGGGUUCUUGAGAAGUACAGAGCUUUGCAUUUAUAUGGCUCUUGAUGACCACUCGAACAGUUUGCCAUUCACACCCGCACUCAUGCAGUGCAUCUAUUAGCAGCACUUUUUUGGGAGUUCAGCAUCUUGCCCAUGGACGCUUCGGCAUGCUGAUGGGAAAGACUGGGGAUCGAACUGCCGAACAUCACCUGGUUGGAGGAUACACACAGCUCUACCCCUCAGCCACAGCCGCCACAUGUUCAGUGUGUUGUGAGCUCACCAGUGUUAUCAGAGGAGCUCUACAGGGUUAUGUUCAAGAUCAUCGAGUGUGCCAAGAUGGAAAUCAUUUUUACUACCCCCAUAACUGUUCACUUAGGAUAUAAUGUAUAAACAAACUGUUAAUAGAUGGUGAUGUUUAUUGUUUAUUUAUAUUGGUGAAUAUUGACAAAGACUGUUAGAUUGAUUGAUUAAAAAAAAAAAUGUAUCUGCAAUUUUUAUACCUCAUUUCCCGGGUCCAUCCCUGCAGGACUCUCAUACAAAUGCUAAGCGAUGAUGGUUUCAGUUUAAUUUACUAUUAUAUAUGUUUUGCACCGUACCAUCUCUUAAUGGAGCUCUACAGCAUCUCAAGUCUUCCCACGUGCCUCCACAGUUCGUCUCUUGCUCGACCAUCGUGGUCUCAGGUAGUUCAGUCUUUUUCACACCUGCCCCUCCGUGUAGCACCGUCCUGCCCCGGAUCCUUCUGUCUAAAGCCUGGUCUGCUUCCUAUCAGACCCAUCCACCAGUCAGUAUCCACACACAGCAUCUCCUUCCGUGAGUGAACGGUGAUGUUUUUUCUAUGGGGAACAUUUUAAGUACAAGUGGCUGUAAAUAGGCUUCUAUUUAUAUUUUGGUUGUGUUACAUUCUGAGAAUGUGAACAUGGAAUAGAAUCUGGAGAGUGCACACUGAAAUGUUUCAAAAUAAAGAGAUGUCAUUGUUUCAUGAACAA